UCCGCCGGAGGCGCUUGUCGGGCCCGGGCUGGGGGGCGGCGCAAGUCACGAGCGUGCGAACGCCGCGGGGCCUGAACACGAGCGAAGAAGCCGGCCUCCCCUCGGCGGAGACGGGGUCCCCCUGGCCGCGGCAGCCAUGCUUUCGCCGGCCUCCGCCGCUUCCUCCGGCCUGGCGGGCAGAAGGCGCUGGGGAAGGGGCUGCACCGUGGAGGAGCUGCGAGCCCGGCGGAGGGAGCGCGAAGCGGCCUUGAGGAGUGCCCGGAGGCUGCAGCAGUUGGUCAGUAAGCGGCUGUUACGGGAAGAUGAGUUGAUAGAGGACGUAUGCGUUGGAACAGACAGUGGUACAACAGCUCCAGUCUCUGAGCAAGAGGUUGCAGAGCUUCUGAGCAACGCCCACAAGGGAACGGAAGAGAGGAUAAAAUCCUUGCGUCGCCUUCGAUGGGGGCUACAGCACAAAGAAACCCAGCAGACAUUCAUCAGGCUGGAGGGCAGCAUGCGGGUGCUGAUUGGCCUCUUCACCAGCAAUCUAGCGGAUCUGCAGAUGGAGGCAGCUCGGUGUUUGCACGAAUUGUCGCACGCCCAAGACCCAGAGGUUGUGGAGGCCUGUUUGCCAGCCACCUCCUACCUCCUGACCUACCUCUCUGGACACAGCACAGCCCUCAUGGAGCUGUGUUUGUACACGUUGGGGAACUUGGCGGUUGAGACGAAGGUCGUGAAGAAGCAGCUCCUGCCCCAAGGCAUUAUUCCAGUGUUGGCUUCUUGCAUGCAGUCUCCUCACCUGGCAGUGCAGGAAGGCGCAGGCUACGCGCUGUCACAGCUCUUGCAGUCGAAAGAAGCCGCAGAGGAAAUCAUCCCCUUGGUCCUAGGUUCUGGCCUCUCCCAGCACAUGCUUCGCUUGGUUUGCUCUGACCUGGAACAGGGAAUGGGAGUUGCUGUGGAAUUUGCAUGGUGUCUGCACUACAUUAUUUGCAGCCGAGUGAACAACUCCCUGCUGGUCUCCCAAAGGACCCUGCCAACUCUAGGGCAGCUAUUGGUAGCCCUGGCUUCCACAAUGACGACGACGACACCUGCCGAGGGCCUGGAACUGCUGGUCUGUCCUGUGGUGCGGUGCGUUAGCAACCUCCUUGCCGAAGACGAGCCGUGCAGCGGUGAGCUCCAGGCGCAGGCAGAGUGCCUCCUGAGGGCCGUCUUUGUCUUCAUCCGGAGCUUCCUCCCCAGGCACCUCUUCAUUGUGCAGGAGUGUUUGUGGCUGCUGAAUAACCUCACAGCUGACGACCCGGCGUUGUGUUCUGCUCUGCUCAGCCCGGACCUCUUUCCAUCUCUGCUGCAGCUCUUGCAUUGCCAGAAGGCGAGCGUGUUGGUUUUGACAGUGCUGUGCAACGUUGCGGCCAAGGGGCCUGCCCACUGCCAGGCACUGCACCAGAAGGCCGGGCUUCCUUUUCUCCUCGGUGCCCUCGCCCUUUCUGAUGACCAAGCAGUGAAUCAAGUUCUGGAACUGGCGCACCUCCUCUUCCUGCACUGGCCAGAGGCUGCCAUCGGCUUUGUGGAUCACUCAGGACUGCAGGCUCUAGAGCGGCAUCGGGAUAACCUGCUGUUGCGAGAGAAGGUCGAGGCACUCAUCAGAAUUGCCAGCCAGCUGGCAGCCCCCCCUCAGGACUGUCCACUGGAGGCUUCCGCUGAAGAUCUGUAGUGCACUUUGUUGAAAAACUGAACCAGAGACAUGUCACCUGUACCGGCUUGUUCCCAGGAAAGCACUACCUCUCUCCUUUUGGGAAGAGCAUUAUCACUUUCCAGAUCCUGCACGGUCAAGUCUGGGGGGUUCCCCUGGAACUGAGCAGGACCCAACCACCUUCCUGGCACUUCCUGCUGCCCCCCGUGAUGCAGACAGAACCUGGUUGACAAUAGCUCCACAGUAGCUGAACAUGGGUGGGCCCUGCCAGUGCUCUCCUGGGCUGCAGAAAGUCUGUCACCCUCUGAUGAUGUCAUCGGCUGGCACUGAGGAACCAACUACAAGGCCAGGGGGAAAGGAGCCUCCACAGAGGCAAUCAAGCAGGCCAGUGAUCCCUGCAGCAACCCAGAUGUGAUGGGCUGGAUAGGAAAGGGCGGGGCCGAACCAGGCAAGGGCCUGCAGAGAGCCAGGAAAGGUGAGCCCCAACAGAGGCCCCUCUGAGAGCUGGCCAGUGAGAGGGGUGGGGUAGGAGACUGAGGGGAGCAGUGCUCCAACGCCUGGCCCAGAUGAGGGCUCAAGAUGCAAGGGUGGGGCUGGGGAUAAAUGGCAGGGGCAGGGAGGGAGCUCAAAUGCAGGCUGCACAACCAGGUAA